AUGGCGGUGAACCACCUCUUCGCCUUCUCGGCCAGUGUGGAGGGCGCCGGCGUGGCAGCAGGGUCUCCGUACGGCUGCGGCGUGCAGCCUGAUGAGGAAGAUCGCUGCUACUACGGCCAUGUGGAUAUUCCGGCUUCGGUCGGCUACGCGUAUCAGCGCUACCAGGAGGGUCACAUCGACGACUUGGGUAACCUGAAGAAGACGCCAGUGCUCCUCUUCAACGGGAACAGCGACAACGAGGUGUACACAAGGACUAUGGUUGACACCUUCAACCAGCUGCAAUAUUUCGUGGAUGCAAAGUUCCUCCACACCGCCUUCACAACAGAUGCUGCACACGUGUGGAGCGUGGACCAUGGCAAGUGCGACUGCGGGGCAUGCGCGGACUUCGACGAUGCUCCGCUCUGCUGUGAUGUGAACAACUGCUUCUACGACCUCAGUGGCGACAUGCUGCGCAAGAUCUACGGUCCUCUGCGAGACCGGGUGCAGGUGCAACCAGUCCUGCACCGGAUCAAUCAGUGGAAGUACGUACCGCCAUGGGAGUGGGAUGUCAAUACGACGUCCAACUCAACCAAGCUACGACCUGCAAGGAACGCCUCCGUCGAGGCCCCCAAUAAGCAUGGGAUGUGGCGCUGGGCGCUGGCCUACGUGCCUAGCGGCUGCGUGGGCAAGGUGGGACCAACCUCUUGGCCUGUAAUUUAG